CUUCACCCUCUUCGGUUCAUAGUUUAGUUGAGUUUAGGUCGAGGGUCGAGGUCGCGUCGAGAGGCGUUCGUAUGGUCCGAAAUUUUUGUCACUUUCAAAAAUUUCGUUUCGCAAAGUUGCAGUUCGAGUUGAAAAUGGAUUUGAAAGCAUUAUUGGAAAUGUGGAAAAUAAGCCAUUUACUGACGAAAUUUGAAGGAUCCAGCGCCAUCCAAAAAAAAAAGUUAAAUUCAGAGUGUGAGGAAGUAAUUGACACAGGGCAGCAAAGUGUAUUUAGCACCAUACACAUUGACAUUGACAGUCCCGAAUCACAAUCAACCGGGCCAUCAACCUUGGAUUUUGAAAAUAUCCCUGAUGUGGAUCCUAGUUACUGGAGAUGCGAAGGAUUGGUUUGAUUUCCCGGCUUCUUGUUCAGGAUUGGAAAUAACAGAUUCUAUGUGUAGCGAUGUGGCAAGCACAAGUUCAACUUCGUCUGAAUAUGUAUUAAGUUGUUCUAUUAAUGGCCGUUUCCACUAACUAUUUUAGGGAAGCCUUAAUGAUUAGUAUUAAGUAUUCCUUAAAAUGAC